CACUGAUACCCCGCGGAAGUUGGUUUAUAGAGAGAGGACGGGAUGUUAUUAAUUUCUCUGAAAUAGUGUGAAACACGUAGACAUUUUCCCGGGCGUUUUUAUUCUGUUGCAGAAACAGAGAAACGGUAAGAGUCUGUUGGAGCAAAAUGUUGGAGUGUGGCAUGCUGGACCGUGACAAACUGACUCUCAAGACGUGCUCCAAGAUUCUCUGCAAACAGCUGGUGGUGGAUGAGCUGCUCAUUCAGUCCUUGCAAGCAGACGAGAUCCUAACCGAGGCCAUGGCAGAGAACAUCAUGGCUGCGCAAACAUCCCAGAAACGAAGCUGGUGUUUACUACUACUCUUACCAAAGCGGGGACCCAGAGCCUUUAGCAGCUUCUGUUCAGCUCUUCAAGAAACUCAGCAGCAGCACCUGUAUGAACUGCUAACACAAUCUUCAGAAAAAGAUGGCAAAGAGACACCGGGAGUGAGAUUUCGGCCUGAGGAAGAGCCAGUCAUGCCGACAAUUGAAAAGAAAAGAGAGACAUCCUCAGUAGACAGAGAAGAUAACAGUGGGGUGAGCAGCAGCUCAUCAUACCCUGUCCAAACCUUGGAAAGCUGUCUGCCCUCAGAGUCACCAUUCAGACGAUUGGUCCCAAUCAGUGAGGAAGACAGAAAGCCAGAGAGACAGGGGACGAAGAGAAGAAGAGAAGAUAAGCAGGCAGAUAGGUUCAUUGACUCUUCUCUCCCACUUCCCACUCAAGAAGUCGUUGCUGCCAAGAGAGCAAGGACACAGGCAGAAUCCAUGGAGUUCAGUCUGGAUGCGGACAGUCCCAUUAACACUCCUGUACUCCCUUGCUCUCCUGACUUCUAUCUUUCAAACUGCCACCAGUCUUACCGAAUGAAUUCCUCCCCUCGUGGUUUCGCUCUGGUGAUUAGUAACGUGACCUUUGAUCCUUGUGCUGCGCCUGACCUUGACCCUCGGAAAGGAGGUGAGGUUGAUGAGGAGGUCCUCAGGAAGGUCUUCACUGAGCUGGACUACGUUCUCACAGUCCACAGAGACCUCACUGCUCAGGGCAUGAAGGCGUGCAUUGAGGAAUUUAGUCGUCGACCUGGUCACCAAACAAUGGACAGCUGUGUGGUGUGUCUGCUCUCCCAUGGAGUGGAAGGAGCUAUUUAUGGUACAGACGGACGGCUCCUGCAGCUGGACUGGGUGUUUGAGUCCUUUGACAAUGCGCACUGUCCCCUGCUGCAGAACAAGCCGAAGAUGUUUUUCAUCCAGGCCUGUCGAGGAGAGGAGAUGGACUGUGGAGUGGAGCAGAUGGACGGGCCAGGGAGAACCUGCUCACCAAGCUGCGAACAGCGGGAUGCAGGGAGGGAGGGACAAGGGGAUGCGAGCGCCAGACAAAGUGGGGACAUGCGGAGGACCAGGAUCAAACUACCGCAGCGGUCUGACAUGAUCUGCGGCUUUGCAUCUCUCAAAGGUCAGAGCAUUUGCACAGCAGCCAUGCGGAACACCAAGAGGGGAUCCUGGUUUGUCCAAGAACUCAACAAAAUGCUGCGCCACCGUGCCAGGGACACGCACCUCGCAGACAUCAUGGUGCAGGUCAACAGGCACAUAAAGGAGCGGGAGGGUUACGCUCCUGGCACCGCCCACCAUCGCUGCAAAGAGAUGUCAGAGUUCACCAGCUCAUUAUGCAAAGACCUCUACCUUUUCCCCAAGUACCAGUCCCAGUAUUGAUACAUGCAAAUAUAUCCACACACAGAUUAACACAUCAACACACACGCUUCACACAUUCCUAGCAUUGAAACUCUUUUUAAUAAGCCACACUACGCUCCAUUCCCCUCUAUUAAUGCAACACACUCACAUUCCUCCUUUACAACUUCACAUCCAAAAAGAUUUGUUCAUUCAUAUUUCUCUGUAAUCACUGCGUUCUCAGACACGCACAGACACACAGAAAAGAGCGAGCUGAUCGCUGAUCUACGUGUACUCGGAUAUGGGCAGUUUGUUUGCAUACCACUUACUCGUGCAUCUGUGUGUCUGCAUCUAUGCCAGUUACAAGGUUUAUUUGGUAAUCCUUUUUAAUCAGAGACAGAAUCCUCCUUUGUUCUCUUACUGCACAGCUAUGUUGAGGUUUCACUCUUUUUAAGAUGUAUUUUGUACGCAGAUCUAUUUUUGUGGAUUUAUUUUAUACAAAACUGUUUUUAUAAGGAUUUUUAAGCCCAUUCUUUCCACCUGUAUAUAAUGUUCAUUAUAAGUUGAGACCCUUUCUUGUUUUUAGUAUAGUGGCCGAUAGAGGGCAGCACAGCAGAGACAAAUGCAUUUUUACGUCUCUUUCAUCCCCAUAUUUCCAGUUUGCUUGCAGACAGAUGUUAUUUUAGGCAUAGAUUGCUAAAGUGAUGAUGAAACUGUAAAUCUCUUCAGCAGGUUUUGACUUGUUCCCUUCAAUAUUUUCCCUUUUUGAAGAGGGGAAAAAAAAUCUAUACGGCUGCUUCAAAAUGAGACCUCGAAUUGUUUGUCAUUUAUUUUUUAGCUUUGUUUGUGGAUGCUCCAUCAGGAAAAUUCAGCUUUUUGACUUUAAACUUCAUAAAGGGCACCCACUGUAAAUUCACUUUAUAUCUUUUCCUGUCAGGGUGGUGUGCCUUCAGGGGCACGUGGUGCUACUUGUGGUGGCCAUACGCCUACAUUGUGAACUCUGACCUUUGUGCUGUCUCCGAUUCCUGUCACAAUAUUGUGUCUUCCUGUGGGUGGGAGCUGCACCUUUAGUGAGUCCUAAUACAGUUUAUGUGGUGUUGUACUGUAUCUAAUACAGUAGAGAUCAAACAUGCAUUUCAUAUGUCUUCCAUAAACUAUUUUCUUUUUGUUUUCAUUUUUACCUGACAGCCUGUGCCAAAUGAGGAUGGUCUAUUAGAUGCAUUCAUGACCACUGAGCUUUCCUUAAUAUGUUGUAUCUCUUUGGUACACUGAGAGACAUUCGUUUCUCAACGCUGUGCAAGUGUUUCCCAGAAAAGGCCCCGAUCAGACGAUCUGUGUUCAGAUCCGACAGUGUUGUAGUUUCCCCUUUUUGCAGUACUUACUUGAACACAAACAUUGGAGUAGUAAAAAGGGUGGCACUCCUACAGGGAGGCACAGUUUUGAAGGUUGAUAUUUGCUGCCAAGCUUUUCCGAGGUGCAAGGUGGAGGGGGGGGCGGGAGAGAUAUUGUUUCUGUCGACACCAAUGACUGCCAAAUGUUCUUUACAAUAAACGGGCCGUGGUUGUGAACCAUGUCCAACUGCUGUUGUUUUCUUGCAUCUGCAAAAGCACGCUCCACUUCAUUUCCUCCUCCUUGUUGCCGUGUUUGCGUGUGUUAUUGCCGGUGGUCUGUGUCCCCAGGUGUAGUGUAACUGUCUCCCCGCUAUUCCGCUGCGCUCAGGUCUCUCUCUCUCGCUCUCUCUCCAUGCUGCGAGCGGGACGUAUGUAUCGCUCACACUGCCUGCUGCCCGGUGAUAAUGUUCAGAUAGUGUAUCAGAUAGAGGCCCAGCCAGCUGUCAGCAGUCAUUCUCCUCUGACA